AUGGCAUCGCUCGGAGACGCAGCUUACAAAUUAGCCAAAGAAGCCAAACGUACAGCGGAUCUCACCAUCUCGCCCUAUAAUGACGAUCUUGUUCAGAGCAUUUGCCGUGAAAUUCGACUCUUACACAACAAGGCCAAAGAAACUGUCAAUACAAUGAAAUCUGAUGCAACAGGCACAGCAGUGAACAAUCCCAGUAAUAUGUCGCAAGUCAUGUUGUAUCAUCUGUCAGUGAAGCGCAACAAGCGAGUGCUGUUUGCUUAUCAUCGUCAACGAAUGAAUAAGCUCAAAGAGAUUCUAUGGAAUGUUGGAUUACAGUCGAAAUACAAGAGGGAAAUCCUUGCCAGUCUAGGGCCGACUGAACAAAAGUUUCUAGACGAAUAUGGAGAUUUGGUCAAUUCAUACAAGCAGAGCUUUCUAGAAGUGGAUAUAGGAGGGCCCAGUGGCGGUGGAUUGGAUCCACCUGUAGAUCUGUUCAUUGAAGUGCGUGUGUUGCGAGAUGCGGGAGAGAUCAACACAGAAUACGGCUCGUUGAAUCUGUCAAAGGGAAAUCAAUUCUACGUCAAGCGAACCGAUGUCGAGUCAUUGAUCAAAGCAGGCUAUCUUAUUCAUGUGUAA